CACCGUCCAUCCUAGCACCAUCCGAACAAAAUACAUACAUGUAAAGUCCGAGAAAUUUACUUUCCAUUUCCAUCCGUUUGAGCGUGGCUUAGCCUUAUCAUGAAGCUGAUAUCAAACUUAUUCUCCCGAUCCGUUUGAGAAGUGUACUUGAUGAAUCCGAACUUAAUCUUUUGAUGUACAUGAGAUAAGUAUAAAUAUAUGUAUAUAUAUCACAAUGAGGAAAAGAAAAUACUCUCAUCAAUCGAAUCUUCUCUAACAAAUAUCUAAUUCGCUCUUUAUUUCAUUCCAUCAUACCGCGGCUAGUCCUGCGAAAGACAUUCCUUGGAAGAUAUUUGAUACAGACUCAUCAUUUACUUACGCAUACCUUCCUUUCAACGAAUCAAUAAGUACAGACAGACAGACGGAUAAACAAAUUUGAUAUAAUUACGCAAAUAUUUCCAACCAAUCUUUCCUUUCAGAGUUCAAAAUGAAAUACUCAUUUACCGCCAUCACAUUUGCUUUUUUGGCAAUAACUCUUCAUGCCUCUCCUGUUCAAUUGCAGGAUCGAGAGUAAGGAUUUCUGUGUUAAGAUGUUCUAUGAUUUCUAGACUAAUAUGAUUUACAGUAUGACAACCAUCGAAGAAUCCAAUGUAGCCAAUGUUAAAAUGCCGGCUCCACACGUACCUCGAGUUGAUGUUCCUGUCGCUGAUUCUGAUACACUUCCCGCUCCAACCGAACCAUCUGCUGCUCCACCUAGUGCACCCCCUGCUUCAACCGAACCCUCUGCCGCUCCACCUAGUGCACCCCCUGCUUCAACCGAACCCUCUGCCGCUCCACCUAGUGCACCCCCUGCUUCAACCGAACCCUCUGCCGCUCCUCCAGCGAAUGCAUCAUCCCCUCCAGCUGAUGCACCCCCUCCUCCGGCGGACGCAUCCCCUCUUUCAGCUAACGCCACCGCACCCAUAACAGGCGCCUCCAUCACCGACGCACCCGGCGCUGCAAACAUGACUAGUUCCUCCAACAGCACCAGCAGUAGCACCACCAAUACCCCGGGAACAGUACUUCCUGGAACAACGGCAAGUUGUUCUACGUUCUAUACCGUAGUUAUGGGAGAUACGUGCAUUGCCGUUGGUGCGAAGAAUGGAGGGAUUACUUUUGAUGCUUUGAAGGGUUUGAAUACGGGGAUUGAUGCUACGUGUUCGAAUUUGGUGGUGGGACAGUCGCUUUGUGUGAAGGCUUAGAUUUUUUUAUUUUUGGGGGUGG